AUGUGCAUCACUUCACAAGUAAAUAUUUACAAAUGUGACAAGUGCAGAUUAGAUUUACACAUGGGUUUGCUUCCUGGAGAGAUUAUGGCACAGAAUUUUUCUCACAUUACAAAUCCACAGCUCACCUCAGUGAAGGAGGCUUUGAUUCCUUCACUUACUGAAGGUUCCUUACAACAUGAACGGGCUCCAGAAAAACUCCUGCUAACCUUUAGAUGUAUUACUAAGGUAUUACUUAGCUGCAUUGCUAUAUUAUUAUUCUAUGCAUUACUAUAUUAUUGCUAUAUUAUUAUUUAUUACUCUGUUUUUCUAAGUAUUGCCAUCUCGUGCUCCCCACUCACCCACCAGCCCAUGUACUUCUUCCUGAGGUUCCUCUCUCUGAUGGACCUUUGCUACACCUCCACUGUGACCCCCAAGCUAAUUGGUGAUUUGCUGGCAAUGAAGAAGUUCAUCUCUUUCGGUGGCUGCAUGACACAGCUCUUCACCAUGCACUUCUUUGGGGGCAUUGAAGUCUUCAUCCUCACAGGGAUGGCCUAUGACUGCUAUGUGGCCAUCUGCAAGCCCCUGCACUACGCCAUCACCAUGAGCAGGCAGAGGUGUGAGCUCAUGAUGGUGGCUUCCUGUGUGGGUGAAUUCCUGCACUCCUUUGGUCAGUUCAUCCUCGCCUUCUUCCUACCCUACUGUGGCCCCAAUGAAAUCGACCACUACUUCUGCGAUGUGUAUCCUCUGCUGAAACUGGCCUGCAUGGCCACAAGCACAACUGGGCUUUUGGUCAUUGCCAAUUCUGGCCUAAUGGGUCUGGCGAUCUUUGUGGUCCUGCUGAUCUUAUAUGCAGUGAUCUUAUACACCGUCAAGCCUUACUCUGCCGAGAAUCGCUGCAAAGCCCUUUCCACAUGCAGCUCACACAUCACUGUGGUGGUCCUCUUUUUCUCUCCUCUACUAUUUAUUUACAUUCGCCCAGCAACUACUUUUCCAGAAGACAAAGUGUUCGCUCUCUUUUACACCAUCAUUGCCCCCAUGCUGAACCCUCUGAUCUACACACUGAGGAAUGCGGAGAUGAAGAAUGCCACAAAGAAACUAUGGCGCCCAGUCACGGGGAGUAAAAGAAACAGAGUUAAAGAUGUCCCUACAUUUCGCUACCCAGCUCCGUGA